AUUUUGUCGUAUGUACUUAGUGGUAGUGCAGCUAGAGUAGAGGGCGUGGUGCUUUGAUGAACAUGAGAUUGACUGAAGGAUCAUUAGAUGAGCAAGAUGGAAGAAAAAGCACAAGAAGAGAGUUCCAAUGCUUUCUCAACCUGGUUAGACUCCUUCUUUCUUUCCCAAAACAAUGAGUCGACGACGCAGAAGCCUGGGCAUCGGGUUCUGCAGCCGUGUAGGCCACGCUGUAGACGUAAGAAUGAUCGGAAGAUUCGGGAAGCAGACCAGGAGGAGGAGGUUUUGAUUUCAGAUGAAUCUUCAAAUCGCAACACUUCUUCUUGGUUAUACAGUAUCUCUCUCGACGAGGACGUCCAGCACAGGUAUAGGACAACUACUGGCAGUACAACGAAUGCCUCCACGAAUGUCCUCCAGAAUGUGAUUUCAUCUACUCCGGCCUCCGCGGCUAGUGUUGUCGUCGAGCUCGAGACCGUUUCUACACUGAACGAAGGCGAUGCAGAUUAUGAUGAUGCUCAGGAUAGGUCGGGGCAAGCCAUCUGGCGUUCCUCGCUUUUGGUGAUAAAGUGGUUGCAAGAAAACUCGUUCUUUGAACAAUUCUUGUAUAGCAGGAACGGUGGAACAAAAGCUAAAGCACGACUGCGCAUUCUAGAGCUUGGUUGCGGUACUGGGGUACUUGGAAUUGCGGUGGCGAAACUUCUAGAACAACUACAGCACAAUUCCAAGCAGGACCAUGUGGAUAUUAUAUUAACUGACCAUUGCCAGUCGUGUGGAGCUGCAAAUUCUACUGGUGGUGUGCUCGCUUUAGCGGAAAAAAAUGUAGCACGGAACUUUCCGAAAAAGAAUGAAGAUGAUUUGAGGGCCCAGAAUUCGUCAUCGUCGCUUGCUUUGGAAGUGAUGCCUUUAUCUUGGGGAGAGGACGUGCAAAGCGAUACUGUACUAGCUAAGACGGGUCCCAGUUCAUCUGGCUUCGAUCUGAUCCUGUGUGCCGACCUAAUCUACGAUGAAGCCCAGUUUUUGCCGUUAUUGUCGACCCUUUUACACUUGACGACGACCCCCACAUCACGUGAUGAAGCUUCACAGAGGACAGUGAAAGAAUGGAGACGUGACAUCUAUCGUCGCCUAUCAGAUUUCGUAGUGCUGGUUGAGAAAAAUAAGAAGCACGAUGGAGAGGAACUUGUUUUUAAAAACACGAGCAUUGAGGAAAUGGAGAUUGAAGGGGCCGAGGUGGCUGGAGAGAGUUCUGAAAAUGCUUCUAUGCCAAUGCCUUUGCCUAGUAUGGAGGACAUAAAUUUUUUGAAUAGCCUGAAUAUAAUAGACGAAGACUUCUACCCCGAUGUGACAGAUCAACAUCUCGCUGAGAUCGCAGAGGAUCUUUUCGAUGGUGAAGAAGAGGAAAUACAUUUAUCAUCUGAGGAUAAUAUCGAAAAGGAUAUUAAGGCUGUGGAUCACGAUCACCCACCUGCUCGUGGUCCAAGAUUCAUCUUAUUCUGUUUUCAAAAACGUUCUAGACGUGAGGCUUUGUUUCUUGCUUUGUUGAAAGGGUACUUCAAACAAGUCCGCUUAGUAGCCGCAACUUCUGCUAAGCCAAGGGUUGACGACAUUGUCCUGUACCUGUGUAACGUUUGACAUUCGUUGGGACGAGUCAAUUCUUCAAGAAGUAUUCUCUCAUACGAUGUUCAAGCGUUCUUUGCUUCAUCAGAGAAAGAACAUUACAACCAGCUGUUUAUUGACGCUAUGAAAAAUAGCUGUGGACUUUUUGUUCUUCUUCUCCUCGUGCUGGUUAUGGUUUGUCAAGGUAGAAGCAUAAGAGCAAGCACACGCGGAGUGAAGAGGACAAUUGCAGUCAUUUACAUUUUUUCUUGGAGAGAAUGAAAAAAAGUAUUUUGCUCUUCACCGCGACUGCUAGCUGAAGCUACUGAAGACGGAGAAAUUAGCCAACUAGUAGAUGAAGUAGCCGACUGGAG